UUCCACUCCUCCUUGCUUUGUAUGACUCUCCCAAGCCCGACUUGACCUAGUUGUCCAAACCUACCGUCUUCUCCCCAUCGCUCCCUACUGUCUGCUUGUGUCUUCCUCCCAAACUCCACACUCGGGCAACAUGAGGUUCUUCAUCAGGCCAGAUGCGGCGUCCGCAAGCGCCCACGUCGCAAACUACAUCGUCGACCGCAUCAACCACUUCGCCCCGACUCCGGAACACCCCUUCGUCCUGGGCCUCCCGACUGGAUCUACCCCGCUGGGUGUCUACAAGGCUUUGGUCGAGAAGUACAAGGCUGGCGAGGUCUCGUUCGAAAAUGUCGUGACUUUCAACAUGGAUGAGUACAUUGGCAUUCCUAGAGACCACCCGGAGAGCUACCACUCUUUCAUGUGGAAGCAUUUCUUCUCGCACGUCAACAUCCACCCCAGCAACGUCAACAUCCUCAACGGGAAUGCCCCCAACCUCGAGGCCGAGUGCGUCGAAUACGAGGCCAAGAUCCGAGCUGCCGGUGGCAUCGACCUGUUUCUGGCCGGCAUGGGCGAGGACGGCCAUAUCGCCUUCAACGAGCCCGGCUCCAGCCUAGCGUCCCGGACCCGUGUCAAGACACUUGCGUACGGCACCAUCCUGGCAAAUAGCCGCUUCUUCGGCGACGACAUAGACAAGGUGCCCAAGAUGGCCCUGACGGUCGGCGUCCAGACCGUUCUGGAAGCCCGCGAGGUGGUGGUCAUGGCCCUCGGAGCCCGCAAAGCCCUCGCCCUGCAGCGCUGCGUCGAGCAGGGCGUCAACCACAUGUGGACCCUAUCCGCCUUGCAGCUGCACCCCCACUCGAUGAUAGUCUGCGAUGAGGAUGCGACCCUUGAGUUGCAGGUCAAGACGGUCAAGUACUUCAAGGAGAUCGAGCAAGUGGCCCGCGCCGAAGGGUUCGAGCAGAUCCUGCCCUCUAAAGUCCGCACCGGCCCGGCCACAGUGCCGACGACCAUCGUUACCGACGAGUUCCCGGAGCCCACCAUCCGCUCCCCCCAGCCGACUACCUCGCGCCUGCUCCGGGCCACCCCUGCCACCGAAUACCCUGUGCGCUCGCGCUCUCCCUCACCAGACUUCGUCCCCCGCCACCUGCGCGUCGCCUCCGAUGCCGAGUACACCAUCAGCUCGCGCUCUCCCUCUCCUGAUCUGGUACCAGACCGCAUGGCGUCGCGGAUGGACGAUCCGGCUCUGUUGCGGCGGUGGACGCCCAAUCCGGAACAACAACAAUUGCAACAGUCGCUGCACAGCUCUUCAAAAAGGACGAGUCUCAGGGCUUGAUUUUGUCAACAGGUAAAACCUACUGUCCAGCAUGAGUAACCGGUAGUGUUUUGGGAACGCCGCCUAUCACUAGAUUGUUGGAGGAUACAGGCAA